AAUGAGAAUAUUGCUGAAAGAAUGGAAUGAUAAAUUCUUCCAUUUAAUAAAUAAGAAUUUAAAUAUUUUAGAUGUUGUAAAGGAAUCAUUUUUAAUACGUCGUAUUAGAGAUAUUGGAUUGGAGAUUGAUAAGGAUAACGCAAAUAAAAACAUUGAGGAUACUUUAACAGAUGAUAGAAAGAAAGAAUUGGAAUUAUUGGAAAUUGAUAAACAAUACGAAAUUGAUUCUUUAAGGAUGAAUAUUGAUACUUAUAAAGAGUUAAUAUUAGAGUCUAAAAUAGAGGGAUUAAAGAUAAAAUUAGACAUUUUCAAACAAACUAAUAGAGAGUUAAAUAAAAAAGAAAUAGAACAAACAAAACAGCUUAUUUCCCAAUUGGAGAAUGAUAAAAAAUAUCUUGAAAGACUUAUACUGGAAGAUAAAACGAGAAAAUUGUCAAAAUAUAUUAUUGAAGUAGCUUUGAAUAAGCUUAAACAUCUUUCGCCUUCGCAAAAUCUAUUAGUUAAAGGAGAAGAUUCUCCAACAAGUUAUAUAACUUAUCUAACACCCUAUAAGAGAAAUGCAAAAAAAACUGUCACGGAAAAUAUUCAACUUGACAAACGUAAAUCAAAGAAAAGAAGGAAAAAGAUCUUAUUAUGGGGUUUGGGUUCCAUCGCUAAUGUAGGAUUAUCGUUGUCGGCAGUUAUUAUACCUUGUGUUUAUCCGUUUCAAAUUUGCAAUUGGUAUUGUUAUUAAAAUUACUUUUUUUUUAAAUUUACGUUCUUCUUGUGGGCUGUAUUUAUCCGCUGAUGUAAAAUUUAGGUCAGGCAAUCGAUCAAGAAGUCCAUCUACAUCAAGAACCUAUGAUGAAAAGUAUACUUCAGGAACAUUAAAAGAAACGACCAACCAUAAAAGAAUCGAUACAAAUGGAGGUACUAAGAACCCCAUCACUAAAAGAAGUAAAAGUAAUUUUGUUAUGCAUCAAACGACUUCAAGGUCGACGCAAUUUAAUUUUUCUCCAAUACAUGGCCAAUCAUUUGUCGAUUAUAUAUUACUUUUUUGUGCUAUAUUUCUAAUUAUUCUCCUUAAUCUGCUUAUAUAUUUCUUUCGACUAAUUCAUAAAUCCAAAUCAAAGAAGACAAAUCCUCAGAGAUUAUCGAAAAAUUCAUCAUCAAGAGAAUCUUUUUGUGAAGGUGUUUCUAACGAGAAGAUUAAUUAAUUCUUAAUGAUUUAUUUGCUGAUGGGAAAAAUCAGAUUUGAGAAUGGUAAGAGGACUAGGAUUAGGAUGAAGAGGCGAAAGCGGGGGAAGAGGAGAGGAGAGGUGAGGAGAGGAGAGAGAGGGAGGAAAUGGAAAAGGAGAUAGUUGGCUGGAAGCGAGUCUUUAAAAGAAUUAAUCUAUUAUAAAUUUGC